CGUAUAGGCCACGUGCUCGAGGUCGAGAGCUUGUAGCAGCUUCUGGCAGCUUCUCUCCGAUUGAUGAUGAAGAGAAAACUCGUCUUGUCACUUCUUUUCGGAGCUCUUCUCUUCACACUGUGUUGUGCCGAAGAGGAUCAGACGGAAGAUGUUGUGAGUGACACAGCAGACGCUACGGACACUGCAACAGCGGAUGAUGAUCUUGGAAGCAGUCGGGACGCGUCGAAAACAGAUGAUGAAGUUGUUCAGAGGGAAGAGGAAGCGAUUCAGUUGGACGGGUUGAGUGUAGCUGAGAUGAAGCAGCUGCGCGAACAGGCGGAGAAGCAUCAGUUUCAAGCUGAAGUGAAUCGUAUGAUGAAACUGAUCAUCAAUUCUUUGUAUCGAAACAAAGAGAUUUUCUUAAGGGAGUUGAUCUCAAAUUCAUCAGAUGCUUUAGAUAAGAUUCGAUUCCUUUCGUUGACUGACAAGAAUGCUUUAGGAGAAACUCAAGACCUCACAGUCAAAAUCAAGGCUGAUAAAGAGAAUCAUGUUCUUCAUGUGACAGACACUGGCAUUGGAAUGACAAAGGAUGACUUGGUGAACAACUUGGGAACGAUUGCAAAGUCUGGCACAAGUGAAUUUUUAGCAAAACUGCAAGAGGCAGACAGUGAAAGAUCCAUGAGCGAAUUGAUUGGUCAAUUUGGUGUUGGUUUUUACUCAACUUUCCUUGUAUCUGAUACAGUAAUCGUGACAUCAAAACACAACGACGACAAGCAGUACAUCUGGAGAUCUGAUUCCAAUGAAUUCAGUGUUGUAGAAGAUCCUAGAGGUGACACACUUGGCAGAGGAACAACAGUCAGUCUUCAGCUAAAGGAAGAGGCUCAUGAUUUCUUAGAGGGAGACACGUUGAAGGACUUGGUGAAGAAAUACAGUCAAUUCAUCAAUUUCCCUAUUUAUUUGUGGACUAGCAAGACAGAGACAGUUGAAGAACCAAUUGAGGAGGAUGAGGAGGCAGCAGCAGAGGACAAGGAUAAGGAGAAAGAAGGAACUGAUGAAGAGAAAGAUGCCGAGAAAAAGGAUGACGAGGAAGAGGGAGAUGUUGAGGUUGAAGAAGAAAAAGAAGAAAAGAAACCAAAAACGAAAUCGGUGGAAAAGACAAUUUGGGAUUGGGAACUUAUCAAUGACACAAAACCAAUUUGGACAAGAAAUCCUAAAGAUGUACCCGAUGAAGACUAUAACGAGUUUUACAAGUCUAUUUCAAAGGAAUCUGAAGAACCUCUUGCAAAAACACAUUUUACUGCUGAAGGAGAAGUCACAUUCAAGUCUAUUUUAUUUGUCCCAAAGACUGCUCCUAGUGGAAUGUUUCAAGAGUAUGGCAAGAAAGUUGACUACAUCAAGAUGUACGUGAGACGUGUGUUCAUCACUGCAGAUUUUGAGGAAAUAAUUCCAAAGUAUCUUUCUUUUGUAAAAGGCCUGGUUGAUUCUGAUGAUCUUCCUCUCAAUGUGUCUCGUGAGACUCUACAACAGAACAAGUUGUUGAAAGUCAUCAAGAAGAAGCUUGUGAGAAAGACACUGGACAUGAUUAAGAAGCUAUCACCUGAGGAUUUUAGUGAGAAAUUCUGGCCUCAAUUUGGAACAAAUAUGAAACUUGGUGUCAUAGAAGAUCAUGCUAAUAGAGGACGUUUGGCAAAGCUUCUGAGGUUCCAGUCGUCUCACCAUGCAUCAAAUGUUACAUCAUUGACGGAAUAUGUAGAGAGAAUGACAGAGAAACAGGAACACAUUUACUUUAUGGCUGGAUCUUCUAGAAGUGAAGUUCAAACAUCACCAUUUGUGGAACGUCUUUUGAAAAAAGGAUACGAAGUGUUGUAUCUUGUUGAGCCCGUUGAUGAAUAUGCCAUUCAGAGUUUACCGGAGUUUGAUGGAAAGAAAUUCCAAAAUGUAGCAAAGGAAGGUCUGAAAUUUGCUGAUGAAGGCGAGAAGGCAAAAGAACGUCAAGAUGCUCUAGAAAAGAAGUUUGAACCUUUGACAGGAUGGCUGAAAGACAAGGCAUUGAAAGAUAAAAUUGAGAAAGCUGUUGUUUCCAAUCGUCUCACAGACUCUCCGUGUGCUCUUGUCGCAAGCUCAUAUGGGUGGUCUGGUAACAUGGAACGUAUUAUGAGAGCUCAAGCAUAUGCUCAGACUGGUGAUGCAUCAUCAAAUUAUUAUGCAAGUCAGAAGAAAACUCUUGAACUCAAUCCACGUCAUCCUUUGGUGAAGAAACUGCUGGAUAAAGUAGAAGCAGACAAAGAGGACCAAACCGCUGCUGAUUUGGCUGAAGUGAUGUUUGAAACUGCGGUGUUGAGAUCUGGAUAUAUAUUGCAGGACUCUGCUCAAUUUGCUGGUCGCAUUGAGCGCAUGCUUCGUCUCAGUAUGAAUGUUCCUCUUGAUGAGGCUAUAGAAGAAGAAGUAGAUGAACCGGAAGAAUCUGAGGAAUCAGAAGGAGAGGAAGAGGUGCAAGCUGAAGAUGAUGAGAGCGAAUCAGCAGAUGAGAGUGAAACAGCAGAUGCUGAAUCAACAGACACGGAAGCAACACAGGAAGAGGAGGCAUCACCAGAUGUAGCAGGAACUGAAGAAGCUGCAGCUGCGGAAGGUGAAGACGGAGAUCAGUCAGCUAAAGAUGAGCUUUGAUGUUGACUGUGUAAUCAGAUAAUGAAACUUCAAUAGUCAAACAUUCUGCAGGGUUUUUGGAAUGCGAAAUGUCGUAGUGAAAUUUGUUGAGUCAACAUAACACUCAUGAUCA